GUCUCUUCUCUCCUUGCCCUCUCCACUCUCUCUAUGAUCCCUUACCCAAACCAAACCAAUACACAUAUAUCAUAUAUAUUGAUCAUACAAUAUAUAUACGCAUGGGUUUCCCGGUGGGCUACACGGAGCUUCUCCUCCCGAAGCUCCUCUUCCCCCUCUUCUCCCUCUUCACCCUCCUCCGUCGCCUCACCUCCGCCGUCUCCUGCUCCCUCGGCCUCGCAGCUGACACCAGCCACCCCGCCAACGACCCGACCACCUAUUUACCCGACUUCGAGUUUCCCUCUCACUCCCUCCCGGCGGCCCUUGCCCGCGAGGCCCUGCCCGUGGCACUCUUCUCUGCACUUCCUGGCCCGAGGAAGCCAGAAAGCUGCACCGUGUGCCUCCACGAGUUUGAGGAUGAGGACGAGGUCCGCCUCCCCGCCAACUGCCCCCACGUGUUCCACCGGAGCUGCCUCGACCGCUGGAUAGGGUACGAGCAGAGGACGUGCCCGCUCUGCCGGGCGGCGCUGAUCCCGGAAGACCUGCAGGAUUCUAUCAAUGAGAGGCUGUGGGCUGACGCUGGGAUCAACGAUGUCAAUGGCGUCCCGGACUUCUAUCACUUGGAUGACAACUUAAUGAACUUCUAUCCUCAGAUACCUAUGGAUUCGUAGCCGAGUACGAUCCCUAAUGUAUUUCGGGAAUGCCCCUCUCCUCCAUCCCUGGGAUUCUGAUGCAUCAAGAAAUCAUGUGUAGGAAAGAGUAUAGAAGAGUGUCCAAAGUGGGGGUGGUUGAUGACUUUGGUGUUCAUGGAAAUGAUGCGAAAGACAGCUGACUCCGAGAAAAUAAGAUAAGGGAAAAUUACAGCAGAUUUUAGCUUAGGUUAUGUUACAACCGAAAUUAACUUGACUAUAGUCUGUACAGUUUCUCGUUUUCUUCUUUGGCAUCAAUUAUUUUCUAGAAUUGAGCUUUUGUCCGAUUUACCUA